UAAUCUUGAUUGGAGCAUCUAGUAGUUGCCGGGUGGAUUGCUUGUAAAGCAGAUCAAAUUCUCCGCUUCAAAAUAUUUACUUGUAUCGUUUUACUAAACAAAAAGCAAGAUAUUUACAAAAUUUUCAGGAGCAUUUUCAAUAAAAUAAUGUCAACUUUGGAAAGCACAAAUGGACUCGAACAGAUCGUUGCUGCAGAUGGCUUCCGUGCUCAGCCGAAAGGUUUUGCUACGAAAGCGAUUCACGUGGGUCAAGAUCCCGAACAGUGGACUAGCAUGGCGGUCGUUCCUCCCAUCACCAUGAGUGCUACCUUUAAGCAGCGAGGUCCGGCUCAGCAUUCCGGUUACGAGUACGGACGCACGGAAAAUCCUUCCAGAAACGUUUUGGAAAAAUGUUUAGCAUGCUUAGACAACGGAAAAUAUGGUCUGGCGUUUGCAUCGGGACACGGUGUUGCUACUGCCAUUAUUACGCUGCUCAAAGCUGGGGACCACAUUGUGGCUAGUGAUAAUCUGUACGGCGGAACCAAUCGUUUGUUGCGGAAUUUCUGCGUGGACAUGAAUAUUGCAGUCGAUUUUGUAAACGGUACCGAUCUGGAAAAGGUGAAAGCCGCUCUCAAACCCAGCACCAAACUGGUUUGGAUGGAAAGUCCCACGAAUCCGCUAAUGAAGGUUAUAGACAUUGAAGCGGUGUGCGCGGAGGUACACAGGGUGGCAGGGAUUCUGGUGGUGGUAGAUAACACAUUUUUAACCUCUUAUUUUCAACGGCCACUGGAUCUGGGUGCGGACAUUGUUAUGUACUCUUUAACCAAGUACAUGAACGGACAUUCCGAUGUUGUUAUGGGUGCUGCCAUCAUGAACGACGAAGCCUUAUAUAAAAAGCUAAAAUUUCGACAAAAUGAGACUGGCAUCGUUCCAUCUCCCUUCGACUGUUACUUGGUGAAUCGUGGUUUAAAGACGCUUUCGCUGCGUAUGGAACGACAUAAAUUGAAUUCGUUGGCAAUUGCCAAGUUCCUGGAAGGCCAUCCCAAAGUGAAACGUGUGCUGCAUCCCGGGUUACCGUCUCAUCCCCAGCAUGAGUUGGCUAAACGACAAUCCAACGGUCACAGUGGUAUUAUGUCGUUCUAUCUGAACGGCGACGGUCUAGAAGAAAGCACACUGUUUCUGAAGUCUCUGAAAGUUUUUACCCUUGCCGUCAGUUUGGGUGGUUUCGAGAGUCUUGCCGAGUUGCCAGCUCUAAUGUCGCAUUCAUCGGAAUCGGUGGAACAUCGGUCCGCACUGGGAAUCACCGAUGGAUUGAUUCGACUCUCGGUUGGCCUCGAGGAUGUCGAUGAUUUGAUUGCGGAUUUGGAACAGUCUUUGAAUAAGCUAUAAGCUGAAUGUGUGUCUGCAGUCUGCAGUUAAGAAAACCAGCUUUAAAAAGCAUUAAAGUAACAUGUUAGGUUUGAACAA